AGGUGUGGUGUGGGAAGGAAGGCGGAUCUCUGGGAAUGUCUUGAAUGCUACAGCACCGCCUCACCUCAGCUUAUUACGGUGAAGGUGAGUGUAUCUCUUUCUUGUUCCUGCUGCAGUUCAGCAGCUCAGGUGUGAGGGACAGAAACCUUCAGGGAUGAAUCUCUACAGGAGCUUUGGAAACCUCAUGGAGGCCUGGGUAAAUGAAGGAGGCACGUAUCCAGACUCUCCUACACCUUCCUCUGACACUGGACCAAACUUCCGCUCAGAAUCGGUGGACUCUGGAGUCGAGACAGCCAGCACGGACACAUCCUUUCCUGCUUCGUCCUCCUUCACCUCAGCAGAUAAUGCUGAGACAGAUGCAUUCAUGCCAGAAGCCACGGGACUCUCUCUGGCCUCCACGUCACUGUCUCCUGUGCUGUCCUCGCCUGUGCCUUCCUCUUCCUCCUCUUCGUCCCUGGGCCUCUGUCCCAUCAAAUCUUUGGACCGCUCCACUGCCUUGCAGCGAAAAGUGGAGCAAGCACUACAGAGGACUGACUCCAAAAAUCAGAAGGACAAUUCACAGCUCCUCACAGUGGAGGAGGUGCUCAGGAGGCAGUCUCGAACAUCUUCCCCAGCCAAACGGCACACCUCAGGACCCGUGAGAGGUCAAAGGUCAGAGAGCUUUGGUCCGAGGAGGACAGUCAACCAAUCAGUGUCCCUCAGACAGACAUCAGAGAUGUGCAGACGACCGAUGUCUUUGAGGUUGGACAAGCUGAAAUCAGAGGAGCUCGGUGACAAGGACAUGUCGGGCAUGAGUCCUGGGCUGCGAUACCUGGAGCAGGUUUGCCAAAUGCUGGAGGAAAUCGCCAGACAGCAGAUUCAGAAUCAAGCAUUACAGAUGGAGAUGGACGCCCUGCGGGAACAUGAAGACGUGCAGGCUCCUGGCAGCUGUCACACUGACUCUGGAGCUGCUGAGGAGGAUGAACAUGUAGAAAAUGAAGAACACAGUUCCAGUGAGGGCCAGCAGUUUAAGACGAACCCUUAUGGACAUUUUCGACAGAGAUCUGCUUCAGACACAACGCUAACAUCGCUGCAUUUAAGACAGAUAAAGUCAGACUGCAGGGGGCAGCACAUGAGCACAGAUGUCCUGCAGGAGAAGCUAGAGGAAGAGCAUCUACAGAAGGAGUCUCCAAAUGAGGAGAGAAAUAAAACUGACAAGAACUGGAGGAUAAAAAUUUCCUCUUUCAGAAGAGAGGAGCCUUUUCUGAGAGAUAUAAAGGGCCAGCAGUCAUCUGAGAAAAACUCAGCCCGACGACGGCUCAGCCAGCUGUUCAGGAGGAGGAAGACUUUGCCUGUAUAAAAUGGACUACAGUGUCAGCCAUGAUGUUUGGACCUGUUGGUUCUGAUUCUGCAGUGGAAUGAGCUUGUCGGAGCACGAUCGCUGAUUUCACAGACUUCCUGUUUGGCCCAUGUGAUGUAGCAAUCUGUCAUGUUAAUUUAUUGCCCACCUUGUAUCUAUGCUGUAUACCUGCCAUCAUUUUUUAUAUUGGUAAAUUGUGUCUGUUUUUGUAAAAGUGCAACUCAGAACAAUAUAAAUGUAUAUUUUUUCAGCCAUGUACACUAAAUGUUAAUAAUCUAUGAAUUAUAAAUGUA